GAGGCAAUGGCGGCUGAGGCGGUGGCGGCCUACGGCCGUUGCAGUCAGUAGCUUGGCGGAGCCGCCGCGCCCCGUUAGCCCGCCUCGCCUCCCCGCCCCGCCUCACCUCACCGACCCCCCUGGCCCCUCCGCCUCCUCGGCAGCCAGCCGGACAGCGCCUGCCUGGGCCAUGUCGCUCUUCCAGUCCGCCCUGGACUUCCUAGCGGGCCCCGGCUCCCUGGGGGCCGCCAGCCGCGACCAGAACGAUUUCGUGGGGCAGACGGUGGAGAUGGGCGACAUGAAGCUGCGCAUCAAGCGGGUCAUCGCAGAAGGUGGUUUUGCUUUUGUCUAUGAAGCUCAAGACCUUGGAAGUGGCAAAGAUUAUGCUUUAAAGCGGUUGUUGUCCAAUGAAGAAGAAAAGAACAAAGCCAUCAUUCAGGAAGUUUGUUUUAUGAAAAAACUUUCCGGUCACCCCAACAUUGUCCAGUUCUGUUCUGCUGCAUCUAUUGGAAAAGAAGAAUCUGAUACAGGACAGGGAGAGUUUCUUCUGCUUACAGAGCUGUGUAAAGGACAGCUGGUGGAAUUCUUAAAGAAAGUAGAGUCCAAAGGAGCUAUUUCCUGUGACACAGUUUUGAAGAUCUUCUAUCAGACCUGCAGAGCAGUGCAGCAUAUGCAUAAACAGAAGCCUCCUAUUAUCCAUAGAGAUUUAAAGGUGGAAAACUUGCUUAUUAGUAACCAAGGAACAAUUAAACUUUGUGACUUCGGUAGUGCUACAACUAUAGCUUACUAUCCUGACUACAACUGGUCUGCACAAAAGAGAGCACUGGUUGAAGAAGAGAUCACAAGGAAUACAACGCCGAUGUACAGGACACCAGAAAUGAUAGACUUGUAUUCAAAUUUUCCAAUUGGUGAAAAACAGGACAUUUGGGCUCUGGGCUGUAUCCUGUACUUGCUGUGCUUUAGGCAACAUCCAUUCGAAGAUGGAGCGAAGCUUCGCAUAGUAAAUGGGAAAUAUGUCUUCCCACAAAAUGACACCCGCUAUUCUGUGUUUCAUGAUCUCAUUCGAUCCACUUUAAAGGUGAACCCAGAGGAGAGACUGUCAAUCACUGAACUUGUGAAUCAACUGCAGGAGAUUGCAGCAGCUAGGAAUGUGAAUCCUAAAUCCCCCAUCACAGAGCUCCUGGAACAGAAUGGAGGCUAUGGAAACAAUGCUCAGCCUCGGACAUCAGUGACCUCCAUUUCACAGAGCUCCAAGCCUGCAGGACAGCUCAACAAUAUGUACAAUGCAGGCCUGACCGUUGCGGAAUGUGACCAGACUUAUGGAGGGUUCUUUGAUAUUCUGAGGGGUGGAACAGAGCGAUUUUUCACUAAUAUUAAGGAUACAUCUUCUAAAGUUAUCCAGUCUGUGGCCAAUUAUGCAAAAGGAGACUUGGACAUAUCAUACAUCACUUCCAGAAUUGCUGUGAUGUCCUUUCCAGCUGAAGGUGUAGAAUCUGCCAUCAAAAAUAACAUAGAAGAUGUGCGGUUAUAUCUGGACUCUAAACAUCCUGGCCACUAUGCUGUGUACAAUCUCUCUCCGAGAACAUACAGGCCUUCAAGAUUCCAUAAUAGGGUUUCUGAAUGUGGCUGGCCAGCAAGACGAGCGCCAAAUCUUCAGAAUCUUUAUAGCAUAUGCAAGAAUAUGCAUUUGUGGCUGAAACAGGACCAGAAAAAUGUUUGCAUUGUGCACUGCCUUGAUGGGAGAGCUGCAUCUGCUGUUGUAGUUUGUUCUUUUUUGUGUUUCUGCCGUCUCUUCACUACUGCUGAAGCUGCAGUUUAUAUGUUCAGUAUGAAACGCUGUCCUCCUGGCAUUUGGCCCUCUCAUAAGAGAUACAUCGAAUAUAUGUGUGACAUGAUGGCUGAAGAACCCAUUAUUCCUCACAGCAAGCCCAUCCUUGUGAGAUCAAUAGUCAUGACUCCAGUUCCUCUUUUCAGUAAGCAGCGUAAUGGCUGCAGGCCUUUCUGUGAAGUUUAUGUGGGAGAUGAGAGAGUAACCACUACCUCCCAGGAAUAUGACAAAAUGAGAGAGUUUAAAAUUGAAGAUGGGAAAGCAGUAAUUCCGCUAGGUAUAACAGUCCAGGGCGAUGUUCUCAUUGUGAUCUAUCAUGCCAGGUCAACACUAGGAGGCCGACUACAAGCUAAGAUGGCUUCAAUGAAGAUGUUUCAGAUACAGUUCCACACAGGUUUUGUGCCCCGAAAUGCUACCACAGUGAAAUUUGCCAAGUAUGAUCUGGAUGCCUGUGACAUACAAGAAAAAUAUCCUGAUUUAUUUCAAGUCAAUCUGGAAGUAGAGGUGGAGCCCAGAGGCAGACCUAGCUGUGAACAGCCACCAUGGGAUAACAUGAAUAUAAAGGGACUGAAUCCCAAGAUCCUCUUCUCCACCCGAGAGGAGCAACAAGAGAUUUUAUCAAAAUUUGGGAAACCAGAGCUGCCUAGACAACCAGGUUCAACUGCACAAUAUGAAGCAGAAGCAUCCCAGCUGGAGCAGUCUUCAGAAAGUGCACCUACUGAUACAGAAUCCCCACACAGCAGUAGUACUGAUGCAAAUAACUUCUUUCAUUCUCUGGACUGGAAAGAAGGAAAAAGUCCAGAAAGUGGAGUAGAGGACAGUUCAUCUAAAAAUGAUCGUGUUCAACUAUCUGAUGAUAGGGAGGAGAGUGAUCCUUCAGAUGAGGAAUUCCCUACAUUUCCAGGUGAAGAAAGUGCAGUCGCUGAUAAUGAAAAAGACUGUGUUACUCCAGAAGGCGAGUUGCUUUUUGAAGCAAAUUUUGAAGCUCCAUCUGCACCAUUACAAAAAUCUCUUCCUGAAGAGAAUGUAGACUUACUUGGACUACAUUCCGACAUUUCACCAGAACAGAAACAACCUAUCUCAGAAGUAAACUCUUCAUCAAGUAAUGCAGACUUGCUGAACAAUCUGUUUGUGAAUAAUGCAUCACAGAUUUCAGAAGGGCCCACUGGAGAUCUCCUUGGACAAGGAACAGAUUUCUUUUUCAGCAGUCAGUGUCCAGCUGCUACUCAGGGUGUGUCUUCAGCAGCAACCAUGUCUUCAGCUGAUCCUUUCGACCCAUUCACAAUGUCAUCAACUUCAGAGAAUCAAGCCCUGUCUGGUCCAGACCUCUUUGGGGACUUCCUUAAUCCAAGCUCGGUAUCUACACCUAGUACAGUUCCUUCCACACACAGUUCGCUUCCGCCUUCUUCCAGCUCAGACUUCUUAAAUUUAGGGAAUUUGACACCAGAGCCACCUAAAAUAGCAUCUUCUGCAAGCCAUCCAGAUCUCUUAGGUGGAUGGGAUUCUUGGGCAGAUUCCUCGGCAACGAGUGAUGUAGCAUCACCACAGUUGAAGCCUCUUUUUGAAGGCCAAGGUUUUACCACAGGGAGCCAGUCCAGUGUGUCUUCAGGUCUGUCUUUCAGCCAGGCUAAGUCUCAGAACUUUGAUCCUUUUGCUGAUCUUGCCAAUCUUGGAUCUGGUCUUCCAGGUUCCUCCAGUGGUGGACUUUCAAGUAGUGGCUUUGGUCAGAAGACUGCUCCAUCUCAGAAGCUGGGAAAUCAGUGGCAGAAAUCGAUGAAACCACAAAGUACUUCAUGGCAGUCCCAGCCCAAAUCCAGCACAGCAGCUAAACCCAAUUACACAGUAAACUUCAGUGUCAUUGGGGGACGAGAAGAAAGAGGAGUCAGAACCCUAAGCUUUGGUCAAAAGCCAAAAGUUUCAGAAAAUGACUUUGAGGAUCUUUUAUCUAAUCAAGGGUUUUCAACUAAAUCUGAUAAAAAGGGACCAAAGACCAUUGCUGAGAUGAGAAAACAAGAAAUGUCCAAAGAUAUGGAUCCCUUGAAACUCAAGAUUCUUGAAUGGAUUGAAGGAAAGGAGAGAAAUAUCAGAGCAUUAAUAUCCACUCUUCAUACAGUGCUUUGGGAAGGGGAAAAUAAGUGGAAACCAGUCAGCAUGGCAGAUCUAGUAACUCCUGAACAAGUAAAGAAGUACUACAGGAAAGCAGUGCUUGUAGUACAUCCAGACAAGGCCACAGGACAACCUUAUGAGCAGUAUGCCAAAAUGAUCUUCAUGGAAUUGAAUGAUGCAUGGUCAGAGUUUGAAAACCAGGGAUCAAAAUCCCUUUUUUAAAACUUAAUCUGUUCCAGAACUGCUUCCAAAAGCUGGAGCUGAGCAUUGUUGUGACUUUAUUGUGCCUAUGAUUUAUGAAGAGCUUUAUCAUGAUUUCAGCAGUUUCUAUUAAUUCAUUAGUGUGGUGAUGUAUUUUGGAAGAUGUAGAGUACAAAGCAUUACACAGAUGCAUUAAAAAAACCAGCUGCUUAGUACUUGAAGAAAUCAGUCUGGGAGUAAAGAUUUCCUUUCAGAUUUGUAUAUGGUAAAAUAGAUUUUUAAUGAAGCUCCAUGAUUUCUGGUAUACUAGUAUUAAUUAGAAAUCAUUCCAAUUUCAUCAGUCUUUGUUUUCCCUCUGCUUUCCUCAAUUUGUCUACUAUCUUUUAGUAGUUUUGUCAUUCAUUUUUUGUUUGCUGCCUGUCGCCUUACUGAGUUUUGGUUAUCAGCAGUGAAUUUGCUUGGCUUAUCUCAGAGCUGAAGGUGUAUAUUUUUAUCUGUAUUUUCUGUAAUCAAUCUGAUAAUCAUUCUGUAAAUAAUGUUUUCUGGCAAUACCUGUGUUUCUUAUAACAAAGUAACAGGUGUUUAGCCAAAAAGACCCCAAAUGUGGGACAGUAAGCCAGGGUUGUUCUUGAUCUUUAGUCUUCUUACAUACCAUGAAUCUGGAAACAAAUCCUGACUAAAUUUAAGGUCUGCAUGUUCCUGCUGUUUUGUUAUUUAUUGUGAACCUUUGGAAGGCAGUACUCUGAUGAGAACUUACUUUCCUAGCUCUUAAAAUGGUGUCUCUUGCUUCUGAUUUCAGUGGAACGUUCCUUCCAUUGGACUUUCGGCUACUAAGAUAGAAAUAAUGUUACUCUGAAACUUGAAGUGUAAGCACAAAACAUUUUACUCUGCUUUGAUUUGUCUGAGUAAUACUCCAUUACUCACUACCAUCUGGGGAGCAUUUGAAGUGCUUUAACACAUUUUGCUGCAUGUCUGAACUUACGUAUUUUUGAGAUAUGCAUGACAUCAGUGUACAUGAAAAUACGGAGUGUAUUGGUAGACUGUUGCAUAUCUGCUCACCUACCUUCCGUGCAAGAAGAGUAGACACAAACUUCAUAACAAAACUUGCCAUGUUUUCUCAUCCCUGUCCAGAAGGCGGUUUUUCACUAGUGCUGGGGUGAAUGAAUGCAAAUGACCAAUGACUGUUAUACUCUGUGUAAUAACAAAAUGCAAUUUAUGUAUCUAGUUGAAAAUGUAGAAAAUUAAGUGUUGUGGUAUUAAAGCUUUGGCAGCAGUCUCUUGAAGAAAGUACAGUUGGGCAUUUAAGGGGAUAUUUUUAUCAUCUCACUGUUUUAUACAUUUUGCAUGCUGAACUGAGAGUGAAGCUGUACAGUUAUCAGAGGUACCUGUUCAGCUGAACAACAUCUGAAGAGAAAACGUGAGAUUUUUUUUUAAUGCCAACUGGACAGUUCUGGAUGAGGCUUUCCACUGCCAUGCACUGAUGAACAUAGUGAACUGAAGAUUUGUUUUCUGUAGAAGAUAAAGCAGCAUGAGGACCAAUAAAGAUGUUUCAUAAGGCUUAUAUUAUUAUUUUUUUUUUUUAGUUACAGCAGUCUGGGGGGAGGGAAGCUAAGGUAAAUCCUCUAGAAACAUAUGUUGGGUCUUAAUGUUCCUUCUAAAGGCGAGGGUCAUUUGGAAGAAAAAUCCAGAAGUUCCAAGAAGUGGUAAAAAACCCCCAAAACAACCAACUGGGAAUGAGGGCUUUUCAGCCUUUCUCAUGCUCUGUACUUCAUUGUUAGUUGGUUGUCUGCUGUACCGGCUAGGACUGCACUCAAACUAUUACAUACCCAUUUCACUGUAGCUAUAUUCUUAAUGUCCACAAGCUGAAAAGCUUUUAGAACAGGCUACAGAAAAAAAUGAUUAAGCUGAGACUUGAUUAGAUACUGUGAAUUGUCUGUGGGCUUAAAAUGUAUAUUUUCCAUUCAUGCUUAUAUUAUUAUUCAUUGCACAGUUAGAUUUUGAAAUGUUGAAGUGAAAUUGUGCCCUGAAAGCUAGACUUUAUAUCUGCUUCUGCUGCCUGCAAAGCUUGAGGUUGAGGUGACUGAAUGUUGCCAAUAGGUUAAUGUGUCUACCAGACUUCACAUGUGGCACUUGAAGUUCUGUUGUGAUCUCCUUUACUCUUGUAGCAAAUCACAGUGCCUUUUGGCCCAUGUUUCUAAGUUCUUUUGUCUGUUAAUGACAACUGACUCAUACCAUGCCGCCUUUGUAGCCUACCGGGAUCCAGUUUUUCAAAGCCAGUAGCUUGACACGGUUAUUGCAGGAGCACAGAAAAACAAUGCAGCAUAAAUUAAGGAAAGAGUAGAGAAGAACAUCCCGAUUCUAAUCUGCAUCUCAGAUUUUUUUCUAAAGUUGACCUAUUCCUACCUUCCUCUGCUAAAAAGUCGUCUAGACUGGUAGAAGGAACCUAGAAAGGUUUGUAGCCUGCUUUUCCAGGCCUUUUAGAAGUGCUACUGGUAAGCUAUAGGCAAGCGGCAGUACCAAGUGCUAGGCUUUUCUGCAGAAGUUGCUAUAAAGCAGGGCUUAUAAAAUGAUAGGGCAGGUUUCCACUAGUUAUUUCUGAAUUAAGUUGUUUAUGUUACAUUGCUGUUAGAUCUGGAGGCCACCUUAAAAUGGAGAUCUGUGAAGAAGAAUCUGUGUUAGGAGUGCACGUGACUAGAACCUGCCGCAUGUGGAAGAGUGGUGUGUUUUGACCAUGUUGGAGGAAAUCGCUUGGUGUCUUUAACCUUGGGCAUGCCUCUGAUGUUUCCUGAUGCUGUCAAAUUUCCUUGAACUUCACAACAGGGAAGAGAAAGAAAAUGAGCAUACAUUCAUAUUAGAUCACAGGGUUAUACUCCGUAUUGUUAGUGGGUAGUGAUUGCCAAACGUCAAACCUGGGAGGAAAACUUCCUCUGCUUUGUCGUUUGGGUAAAGUUCAGGUAGUUUGCUAAUCAGUGGUAACUUCAUUCAGCGAGUACAGAAUGGAAAACCUACAACAGUACUGAAGUGCAUUUCCUUCAAAUAGAGGCUAAGCCCUUGGCAUUCCACCUGUGAGGGUAACUAGUGUUCAUGAAAAAUGGCUUGUUUACCUCCACUUUCUUGCUAAUUCUAGAAAGUUCCUCCAAUGUUGUCUUGCCAAGCACAGAGUAACAGUUCCUUCCUGAACGCAGGCUAAGCCCCAAAGCUGCAUGCCCAGGACUGAGAUGGCCAGGUUGCAUGCACCGUUCCACGUCUCAGGGCCAGGCUGCAGUUUCCACAGCAGCAGCAGUAUGUUUGCGUAGUGAUUGGCCAUUGCGUUUUCUGUUGCUCACAGGAAUAUUUCGGGGUAGCAUAAAUGGGGAAACCUUGUUGCUCCUUAGCUGUGACCUUUAACUGUAUAACAAUUGCAAUGUAACAAAUGCUUUGUAAAUAAGUUCAGAUUAGUCUUGUACAGAUGCCUGUGCUUUGUGAGUUGGUUGACAUUUUCUGUCAAGGAUUUGCGGGUGAUUGACCUGCGAAAGCUGUAUAAGGAAUGUAUCAUUUAUUGCCCCUUGAGUCUGUCCCUGGUGCAGAAUGCCCAGUGACAAGGAGCAAAGGGUGUGACUCAGCUGAGCUGUGGUUCUGAUCUCGAUGAAUCUUGCAGUGCUCACUUGCUCUCUGUUUGGGUGAGUUUAUUGUAGGCUGCAGUUCGGACUGCAUUAAGCUUCUAACAUACGCUCCAAAAAUAAGAAUUCAGUCAUUUUUAUAAAGGAUACACGUUGUCACAGGAACUUUUUAUUACCAAAAGAGGAUUAAGAGGCAUUGUGAGAACUCCCAAAACUCUUCAGUGGAAUGUACUGUAUAUUUGCAAUGUAGACUUCUAGAAGCGAUUGUCAUCUCUGAUAAGGACUUAGUUGUUCUGAGGUCCUUAUUGUAUUUACCUGUAGUUGUGAUUGUACUUUCUAUACCUGUGAUUUUUCUAGUUUGGGGAUGUGGAAGGACAGAACAGAUAUUCAUUCUUUGCAAUCUUUCAGGAAAUGCAAUGUACUGAGUAAUUUUGCUAAUAGUGAAAAUUAUACCUGUAUGUAUAUAAUGGUAAUAUUGUCAAAUUAAGCCUUGUUUCAAAGUAGGUUUGAUGUUUAGCACAAUGUCCUUGCACAGAAUAUUUUGCUUUGAAAUGUAUUACAACUUAACCAGUGAUCAAUUAAAACAAACAAAAUGA